GAGCGUUGGAAAUGAAGCCGCAGAGAGACAGCAUCUCUAUUAUAUACGUCCAGAACAAAACAGCGCUUUUUGUUGAGUUAUAAGUUAUCAGGACAGAGAGAGAACUCCAGUACACUGAUGUCUUCUGUGAGUUUGUUGGAGUGUCAGGUUUCUUGCUUCGCUGACCGCAGCAGCGCCUCGAAGCGUACGUAGGCAUCAGGAGAAGCAUCGGCUUGAUGCAUUGUGGCGUCGACCUAGCUUUAGAUAUGUUUUCACGCAAUAAGAGUCACAAUGGAAAAAAGAAAUGCAGACGAGCCUUGGGAAGGUAAGUACGUUGAUCUUGUACUGAGAUAUUUGGGGGCCUUGAGGUCAGAUCUGGGCACAAAAUGAAGAUUUGGUCCUCUGUGCGUGCAUCUGGCGGGCCCUCCAGUCUCGCCGUCACUGUCGUGGGUACGUCAUCGUCGAACCUCCGAGGUGGAUGGGAUCUCUUGGGUGAUUUGCCAGCCCCGGUGGAGAUGGUCAUAUUGCGUCCUCUAUGGCUUUACACCAUGUUGAAUGACUUGACGAACUGAGGCAUAGCAGUCGGAUUGUCGCUAUCGGAACUCCCGGAGGACAUGAGUAGUAUCAAACUUUGUUGAUGUUGAUGGUGUCGGACUUCGUCCGUAGGAAAUGCAUCGCUAGGCGGGAAGUAACG